AUGGCACUCAACCCACCGCCGUCCACACUCCGGCUCAUUUGUGAUAUGGUCGAGAGAAGUCCGUAUCUAACAACAGCUCAGCCCGCUGAUGCGGCCGAACGCAGCAAGGACUUUCGAUUUAACGUAGAUCGUGGCCUCGAUAUCACCUUAUCGGGCUGGGAGCAGGAUAGCACCGUCCCUGCGCGCACCCGAAGCUAUCUUUCUGAGCAGACUAGGACGAUUGAGAAGUUCGUUGAUGUUUUCACGUUGAGUGCCUCGUCAAUAGGUAGGUUUGGGGACGAACCGAGCUACUCUGACAGUACCAAAAUCAACAAGCAAGCUAAGCUUAAUCUCAUGUCGCAGACUACCCCAUAG